CAAGGUGCAUCCUUUAUCCCCGCAGUCACAGUCCAAAUCACUGCGUUCAAAUGACGCAAGCACUUUAUAAAAACAAACAGACAAUCAACUUUACCUCCGAAAUGUGAGGAGAAAACACUUAAUCUGCGGAUUUGUCCGGUGUCUAAAUUCAUUCCGCUACUCUGAUGGCUCUAGUGCGCGUCUGUAGUGUACACUAGGCAGUAUGCUGUGCGUAUUUCAGUAAUUGGUCGCAGUGUCCUGAUCAUUAGCUGUAAAAAAUGUCUUGAAAUCUUUAGUGUCGAGUUGUAAAUCGUGUUAAAAAGUGUGAAAUGGACUUCAGACGCAAGAAGAGACUGACUUUCUUCACUAUUGGGCUGAUUUUCUUACUGAGCGGCAUCGAGUAUGCUGUGAUUUUGCCCACAAUAUGGCGUUAUCUGCAAACUCUGAACGCAGCGCCAUACUUCCUGGGCCUCAGCCUAUCAGCAUUCAGCUUCAGUGGGCUUCUCGCAGGCCCUUUAUUCGGACACUGGUCAGACCGAACACUCACCACCAAGAAAAUCAUCCUGUUCGCCAACAUCUUUGAGAUCGUCGGUAAUUUCAUGUAUUUUAUGGGAUUCUCCAAAUGGUUGCUGCUCAGCAGUCGUUUAGUUGCAGGUAUCGGCACUGGAGCCGGAUCUUCAAUUUUUGGCUUCUUGACUAGAAAUACAGCUCCAGAGGACAGAUCCACGGUUUUUGCUGCCGUUAUGGCCUGCCGUCAAGCUGGGCUUCUGAUUGGUCCUGGAUUUAACCUAUUUCUCAGACUCUGUGACUUUGAGGUGGGACCGUUCACUGUGAACAAAUACACCGCUCCCGGGCUCUUUAUGUGCCUGCUGUGGAUCCUUCUCCAGCUGGUAGUGCUCUUCAUGUACUGGGACAUCUCUCCAGAAGAUGAGCGCAGGAGCCAGAGGAGCCCGGAGCAGAUAGAAGAGGAGGAAGAGGAGGAGGAAGCCAAACCUCUGGUCGGCCCCAACGAGCUGAGCGGUUCAUAUGGGACAGUCACCAGCAUCCAGUCCAGAGCCUCCUCGAUGGCCAAUGGGGACCUGACUCAUGUUUCACCUCCACCGUCACCCACUCCUGAAGAGAUCAGCUCCAGUGUCUUCAAGAGCUUCAGUGCCAGCAGAGAGUUCCUCAGAGAGGAGGUGGUGGUGCUGUUAGCUGCUCAGUUUAUCACACUCUUCAAUCAGACCGCACUGGAGACUAUGGUGACUCCUCUGACGCAGAAGUUCUUCAACUUUGGCGAGCUGGAGAACAGCAUCAUGUACUGUGUGUGUGGCGUGGAGGUGAUCGCUGGUUUUCUGUUUGUGCGCUGGUUUAGUAAGCGUGCAGCAGAGCGUGUGGUGCUGGCUGUCGGACUGAUCCUCUGCAACAUCUCCUGCGUCUGGUGUCUGAUCUUCCUGGCCAAUCCACAGGGUGGAUUCGCAUGGCGGCUGGCGGAGUUCAUCAUUGGUGUUUUCCUUCAGGUCCUGGGCCUCCCAUUUGUGGCCGUCGCUCAGGUGUCUCUCUUUUCCAAAAUCACAGCAGAGAAGACUCAAGGCUUCAGUCAGGGCAUCCGCCGCUCUGUGGGAGGACUGGCCACUAUUCUGGGUCCUCUGUGGGCCGGCGGUCUGACUUCUAACCUGUAUGUGAUGCUGGGCGUCAUGAUGGGCCUGCUCGCCCUGCUCACUGUGAUGAUGAUGGUGUCAUAUGAGCGUCUGGUGGAGCCUGUGACUAUAGAUGACCCAACCGAAACUGAAGUUGAAGACUGACCCAGGUUUUGCUGUCAUCUGGACCGUUUGCUGAAUCGUUUGACUCAUUUGAAUCAUUUGGAACUUCUUCAGGGUUGACUGAGUCACAUGUGUUACUGCUGAUCCAGAUAGGUUUGACCUGAUUAACUGCUGAUGCAGACAGCUUUAGAGACUUCAGGACUUGGUAUGAGGAAUAAAACAGACCAAUGAGAGGAGAAAUAAAUGAGGAGAAUAGUCGAAUCAUUUCUGCACUGUGCAGAAUUUGGAUCAGGGGCAAUAGACUCUUUUAAUCAAUUCCACUAUAUUUCCUAUGGAAAUACCAGUAGAGUAAACAUUUUAAGGAAGAACAGGCUAUAUUCUGUGGGCAAACUCUGUUUGUGUGAGAUUUUUUAUGUCAGUAAAGCGAUUAAGGCAAUAAUUUUAACACAAUAUGUAAUUGGGAGCUGUUACUGAUUUAAUGAAAGAAUUGAAUUACUUGUGUUUUUGGAAAAUGAUAAGCGUCACUCUGGUUAUUUAUUAUUAUUUUUUCAAUUAGUUUUUGACUUGAAAAAAUACUGAUACUUAUACUGUAUAAAUCAAAUACUGAUAAAAAUCAUUGCUACAUUCAGAAAAAUAAUUAUUAUUAUGUCUGAACAGCUUUUUUUAAAUGAAUAUGAUCAAAUAUAAAGACCAAAACACUAUUCACAAACACAUUUAACUGAUUAAAAAACUGAUAAAGUUUUAGAAAAAGAAAUGGAUUUCUUUUUAACUAUACAAACUUUACAUUAAAAUGUAAACAUGAUAAGUACAAAAACAAAAUUAAUAUGAGUAGAUUAUAAACUAUAUAAUAUUUCAGAAUAAUAAUUUGUAUUCAUUUAUUACAGUCAUAGGUCUUGAUUAAUGUCAUAGUAAUAUUAUUCGGUCACUAUUAUAUUACACUUAGCAUUACCUUACUCUAACAGUGAAAUAAAUUAGACUACAUGGACAUUAAAUCGCAGUAUAAACACAUCAGUUUAUCAACUGUACACUAGAGGGCGUCCCGAACCCACAUAAAGCAAAACCCAGCAAGCAGAAAUAUUAAAAACCCUUCCGUUUCCUAAAAAAACUAAAUAAAAUGCCAGUAUUUGUCAGAGAAAGAACACUGAUUAAACAACAUAUUACUGUGUCAAUUAUUAUGUUCAAAAGAACAAGAUUAUAGUUUGUUUCCAUUUAACAGCAGCAUCUUUUUGUCCAAAAUGAGCAAGAUCUAAAAGAAUGUAUUUAAUAUAUAUAACAUAUGUGUCAUAAAUGAGUAUAAUUUAAAGAUGGUGAUAUGUGGGUCAAAUAAAACAUUUGUUAUUUAUAUUAUAUAUCAUAUCUGAGAUAUAGAAGAAAUGUUUCAGAUAUUUAUAAAAUAAUAAUAAUAAUAAAGAUAAUUUCAAUUGAAACACACACAUAAAUCUUGAAUAUCCAGAGUUUUUCAAGCGCUCUGUGUUUUUUAUUGUAUUAUUAUUUUUUUCAGCAACUCUUUGUCCAAAAUGAGCAAUAUUAAUCUGAGAGAAUGUAUUUAACAUCUAUAAUAUGCGUGUAAUAAUUAGCGUAAUUUAAGGAUGUUGAUAUGUGGAAGCAAUAUUUUAUCAUUUAUCUACAAUUCAUUUUUUUUAUAUGGCCUUACUUUUGUUUGUACUGCAAAAAUCAAGACACAAAUGUUGAGAAAACAAUGUUAUAUCUUCAGAAGAGUUCAAUAAAUAUCAGUAUUUGGUGAAAUAUCUCUGAUUUUCAAUCAUAAUAAUUGUGAAAAUGUGUGUUAUGAACACUAAAUUUAGAUUUAUUUAUUUAAAGUGUCUUUAAAAAUAUAUAAUUCUCUAAAUGUCAAUUUUUUUUAUUUGAGAUUUGGACUAAAAUGUGAUGUGAUGUUAACAUUUAUAAAAUAAAACAAAAACAUCAUUUCACUCAAACACACUCCUGAAAAAAUAUCCAGCAUUUUUCAAGCCGUCUCUUUUUUUUCUUCUCUCAUUGUAUAACAGCAGCUUUUUUUUUUUUGCCCAAAAUGGGCCAUAAGAAUCUGAAACACUGCAUUUAACAUGUGUAAUAUAUUCAUACGUGUCAUAAAUUAGUAUGAUUUAAAGACAGUGAUUUGUGGAAGCAAUAAUAUUUAAUUUAUUUACAAAGGAUUUUUUUGUCUGUGUUGUUUUACUUUUGUUUGUAGUACAAUUAUCAAGACAAGAAUGUGGACAAAACAAUGUUUUAUCUUCUGAAGAGUUCAAUAAAUAUCAAUAUUUGGUGAAAUAUCACUGAUUUAUAAUCACAACAAAUGUGAAAAAUAUCUAUAUUUGGUGAAAUAUCACUGAUUUUCAAUCGUAACAAUUGUGAAAACGUUUGUUAUUUACACCCAAUUUAGAUUUAUUUAUGUCAAGUGUCAUUUAAAGUAAAUAAUUCUCUAAGCUGCAAUAUUUUAAUUUGAGACUUGGAUUGUCAGACAUUUAUAAAAUAAAAUAAAAACGAUCAUUUCCCUCAAACACACACUUAAAUCAGGUAAAUCCAGGCAAAAAUUCAAUUGGUCUUUCUUCUUCUUCUUCUUCUUUUUUCCUCUCAUUUUAUAGCAGCAACUUUUUGUCCAAAUUGAGCAAUAUGGAUACAAAAGAAUUUAUUUAACGUGUGUUAUACGUGUCAUCAAUUUGUGUCAUUUAAAGAUGGCGAUAUGUGGAAGCAAUAUCUUUAAAUCUAUUUACAAAUGAUGAUAGAAGUUUCAGUUUAUUUGCAGAUUAUUUAUGUGCUUUUGCUUUAGUUUUUGAAGCGUAAACGUGUGUCGGUUGUGUUUUGAAUGUCCUGAAUUGAUGGCUCACAACUGAGUUUAAUUCUACUUUCAUUUUAUGUAAUAGGAGCAUUAAUAUACUGUAAAAUAUGAUUUAUUCAAUCUCGUAAAGGUCUUUAAUUAGUGGUGGUAAUAAUGUGAACAUUUUCUGCCAGAAAUAACGGAGUUUGUGUCAUCCAGAAACCAGAUGUGUUUCAUUAUUUUAGUGUAUUUUAGUUGUUUUGCUUUCCGUUAUUUUGUUCUUCCGUUUCUCAAAAUAAACUGCAGUAAAUGUUAAA